AUGGCCCCCGCCGCAGCUCCCCUCCUCGCGCUCGCGGUGGCCGUCCUGGCCCUGUCCCUGGCCGCGUCCGCGUCUGCCGCGGCCAAGUGCCGGCACACCAACCUGACGGCCGGCUUCUCGGCGGACCUCACCAUGCUGCAGCACCAGCUUCGCGGCACGGUGCGCCUCGACCCGUCGGGCGCCUGCGCGCUCCAGCUCACCCGCUUCGACCUGCUCGCCGCCUCCCCCUCCGCGCGCUUCUGGGCCGCCGCCGGCGCCUCCCUCGCCGACCUCGCCGCCGGCCGCCCCUUCUCCCCGCUCCCGCUCAACUCCACCUUCCGCAACGCCACGCUCACCCUCCCCUUCUCCGCCCCGCUCCCGCCGCUCCUCGCGCUCUUCGACCCCGACGCCUCCUCCGACCUCGGCCACGUCUUCCUCCCCGCCUCCAACUCCUCCACCAACACCACCACCUCCCCCGCGCCCACCAUGUUCGACAACUGCCUGCAGCUCACCGACGCCUACCGCCUGCGCUGGACGCUCAACGCCACAUCCAGCUCGGUCGAGAUCGGCCUCGAGGCCGCCGUGGGCUCCGAGUACUACAUGGCGUUCGGGUGGGCGGACCCCAAGGCCAACUCGCCCGCCAUGGUCCGCUCCGACGUCGUCGUCGCGGGGUUCACCGAGGAAGGCAUGCCGUUCGCCGAGGACUACUACAUCACCGACUACAGCGAGUGCAGCAUGGGGAAGGACGACUUGCCGGUGUCCGGCGUGUGCCCCGACAGCGCCUACGACGGCGAUGGCGGCGGCAGCAACGAUUCCACGCUGGUUUACGGGCACCGGCGGGACGGCGUGUCUUUCGUCAGGUAUCGGAGGAAGCUGGACAGCGAGGAUGACAAGUACGAUGUGGCCGUUGGCGCCGCGGAGGAGAUGGCCGUGGUCUGGGCCAUCGGCAAGCUGCGGCCGCCGGACACUCUGCGGCCGCACUACCUCCCGCAGAACCACGGGGGGCCGAGGGAUGGAACGUUUGGGCUGACGAGGGUCAAUUUGUCCGAGGCGGUGGACGGUUGCCUUGGACCGUUGGAUGCCGACAAUAAGCAAGACCAGGACAGGAUUAUCGCGGAUGGGAAGACGCCGCUGGUCGUGACUUCCGCUCCAGCGCUGCGCUACCCGAACCCACCGAACCCUGACAAGGUUAUCUACAUCAACAAGAAGGAGGCGCCGCUGCUGACGGUCGAGAGGGGCGUGCCGGUUCACUUCUCGGUGCAGGCCGGGCAUGAUGUGGCGCUGUAUAUCACUUCAGACCCCAUUGGUGGAAAUGCCACUUUGCGGAAUAAAACCGAGGUCAUCUAUGCCGGUGGCCCUGCUAGUCAUGGUGUGCCAGCAACCCCCAUGGAUCUGGUUUGGCUGCCUGAUAGGAAUACGCCUGAUCUGGUCUACUACCAGUCGUUGUACGAAGCAAAGAUGGGGUGGAAAGUUCAAGUGGUUGAUGGAGGUCUUAGUGACAUGUAUAAUAGCAGCGUCCUAUUGGAUGAUCAGCAGGUUACUCUGUUUUGGACUCUGUCCGCUGACUCUAUAUCUAUAGCAGCUCGAGGUGAGAAGAAAAGCGGGUACCUUGCUGUCGGGUUCGGGAGUGGGAUGGUCAACACUUAUGCCUAUGUUGGCUGGGUAGGCAAUGAUGGAGUUGGGAGAGUCAAGACUUACUGGAUUGAUGGAAAGAGUGCAACAGGUAUCCACGAAACACCUGAAAAUUUAACCUAUGUUAGAUGUAAAUCAGAAGAUGGCAUUAUUACAUUUGAGUUUACUCGUCCUCUUAAGCCUUUGUGUACUGGAAGGGUAGAGUGCAAGAAUAUCAUUGAUCCAACCACACCCCUUAAGGUUGUUUGGGCCAUGGGUGCAAGCUGGUCGGGAGAUGAUCUGACGGACAGUAAUAUGCAUUCAGUCACAAGCAGUCGCCCCAUUCGCGUUCUCUUAUUGAGAGGUUCAGCUGAGGCAGAACAGGACUUGCGGCCUGUUCUGGCUGUUCAUGGAUUCAUGAUGUUUGUGGCCUGGGGCAUCUUGCUUCCUGGUGGAAUACUGUCUGCCCGGUAUCUGAAGAGCUUGAAAGGAGAUGGGUGGUACCAGAUACACGUCUAUCUGCAGUACUCUGGGAUUGCUAUAAUGUUCCUUGGCGUCCUUUUUGCUGCAGCCGAGCUCCGGGGUUUUUACGUCAGCUCAGUGCACGUCAAGUUUGGUGUAGCAGCUCUACUGCUGGCAGGUUUUCAGCCUUUGAACGCCUAUUUCCGGCCCAAGCGACCAGCUAACGGGGAGGUGCCACCCCGGAACCGUGUCCUCUGGGAGUACCUACAUGUUAUCACGGGCAGGUCAGCAAUUAUCGUUGGGGUCGUGGCGCUUUUCACAGGAAUGAAGCAUUUAGGCCAUAGGUACGACAGUGAGAAUGCAGAGGGACUCACUUGGGCCUUGAUGCUGUGGGUUCUUUCAGUUAUAGUGGUAGCUCUGUCCUUGGAAUAUAAAGAAGUCAAACGCAGAGGUAGCGACCGAAGCGUCAAAGGGCAUUGGGUACUAGGUAACACUGAGGAAGAUGAUACGGUUGAUCUUUUGCAUCCUGACAGCUCUGCCAGGAGUUCAGAAUCUAGGCCAUCUGGUGUAAUGGAGGUGCAGCUUGAGCCUCUUACCAGAUAAGUAAAUAGCAUAGAUCAAUAUGUAUUUCCCAAUAUCAGAUACAAACACACCAGUUCCUGUUUUCAAUCAUACGGAUGACAUCCAUAUGCAUGGCAAGUUUCUUCCCCGUAAGAAGCUGGGACUUCUCACGGUUGUCUGUACCCAUGUCUGACUGGGUGCCAGGCCCUCCACACAGGAUCUCCAAAUUAUGUCUUGAUUCCUUGCAUCACAUUUUGUACAGUGUACAUUUUUUUACAAUAGACAGGCACAAUUUGUUACAUUAUCUAGAGUGAUUCUUUUGCAAUCAGAUUUUGAGGUGCUGGUCUGCACCUGCGGCAUCAUUAACUGAGCAAAGCAUUCAAGGGGGAGGAAUUAUGUAUCAUAGUGGGAUAGCGUACAAUAUAUUCCUAUUCAUUUUGAGAUUUCAGAAAGGCAAAAGACUGUUGCAUGUGCUCAGGGUGAUAGAUUCUUUUUUAUCAGGUCCAUGAUUAUUACUGGAACAUCUUCAAUGUGUUUACUGGUAACUACAUGACUUUGAAGAUAUAAUCAUGUACUGACUGGUAAAAAUGGUUUUGCCCAUGUCAGGCUUUCUUUUGCACCAA